AUGUUGGAGCGCGAACAGCAGCAGAAGUCUAAAGGUAACAGUGGAAACAGCAACAACAAUCACAGUAACGUCUCAAUGGAGAGGAAUCAGCCAACUGUCCCAGCAAGUAAUCAGCAACAACAACAGCAAACGUUUCUUCUUCCUCCUCAGACACAACAGCAACAGCAACAACAACAGCAACAACCUCUGCCUUCAGUUGGUCAUGUCAUUGCAGGACAACAGCAUCGUUCAACUGAGAUACAGAAUAGCAAUAUGUGUAGUAGUAGUAGUUGUAGUAGCGGCAGUAGUGGCAGCAGCAACCAAGUGUUAAGUGUACAUUCAUCUUCCAAAAUUUCACCUUGUACAACGGCACAGGCUCAUUCAUCCAAAUCUGUAUCAGCAAAUUCACUGCAUGCCAACAAUAGUAGUGGUAGUGUACGACCUGGUGCUGCAUCUUCUUGUCCACCGCUUACUUUGUCUAAUUCGUCUUCUACUCGAGGAGGACUACCACCUUCAUCCAUGCAGAUUGCUUCCUCUUCUUCCAGUGCGGUAUCCGCUGCUUCAAGUACGCCUCAGCAUUUUCAGCGGCACCAUUCCGUGACAUUUACUGUGGAGCACCACCAGCGGGCUGCAUUUACUUUUGAUACCGAAUUUGAGAACAUGCAACAGCAACAAGCCAUUAUUACGGAUGCUUCAUCCCACGUGCUGCAUCAUCCUGUCCACACGCGUCAGCAGCAUCUGCUGCAAUCCCCUUCUCGUGUACUGCACCAACAACCUGCUCAACAGCAACAACAAGCUCAAGCUCUACAGCAGAAUUCUCAGCAAUCUCAAAUGCUUCAACAGCAAAAUCAAGUCAUGCAACCUCAGUUAUUGCAGCAGCAUUCUCAAGGGUUGCAACUACCACAUAACCAAGGACUACAACAGCAACAACCUCAGAUACAACAACAACAGCAGCAGCAUUCUCAGAGCCUGCAACAGCAACAGUCACAGAUACAGCAGCAUCCUCAGGGGCUACAUCAACAACAGCAGCAGCAUGCUCAAGGACAACAACAGCAACAAUCUCAAGUACAACAGCAACAACAUUCUCAGGGAUUACAACAGCAGCAACAUGUUCAAGGACCACAGCAGCAGCAACCUCAGGUACAACAAGAACAACAACAGCAUCCUCAGACGCUACAACAUCAACAACAGUCGCAACAUACUCAAGGGCCGCAGCAACAGCAACCUCAAGUACAACAGCAGCAGCAUCCUCGGGGAACACAACAUCAGCAGCAGCAUGCUCAGGGUUUACAGCAACUUCAGUCUCAAAUGUUGCAGCAACAACAGCUUCAAAUGCAGCAGCAACACCGGCAGCAGUCUCAUUUGUUAGCGCAAACGCACCAAACUGCUCCUUUACAACAAUCAAAUCAAAAACAGCAACUUCAUGUACAGCAAGUGCAUCGACAGCAAAGCUUUUCACAUUCUCAACAAAAGCAGCAUUUGCAAAUACAGCAAAUCCAACAGCAGCAAUUGCAAUUACAAAUUCAUCCGAAUUCUUCCCAUUUUAGUCAACAGAAAGCAAUUUUAAAACAUCAGGCACAGACACAUCCCGCGCAAUACCAAUAUGAUGAUGACGAUAACGAUAACGAUGAUGAAGAUGAUGACGAUGAUGAAGCACAGCACCAGCGGUCGUUAACUGCUAAGGAAGAAUAUAGAGAGUUGAAACAACGAUUCAAAUUUCUUGUCUAUGAGAACGAAUGUUAUCAAGAAGAAUUACGGAACUUACAAAGAAAACUGUUAAAACUUUCUCGAGACAAAAAUUUUUUACUGGAUCGUUUACUAUUAUACGAAAAAUUAAGUGACUCAUCUGAUGAAUCAGACUCAUCUGUCAAAACAAUUGAGGAGAAAUCGCCACCUAAAAAGUAA